GGUCCCGCGCGAGGCAGCCUGGGAAAUGGUGUCCUACGCCUCCGCUUCCGUCCCUUCCGGCGCUCCAACUGUCGCUGGGCCCCACCCAUCUCCGCCUCCUUUUGCUCCUCUCACAGUUAUCUUCCCACCGCACCCUGCGCGGGACGGGGAACUAGGAGGCGGGCGGAGAUGAAGUGGGCCGGAAGGGUCUUUAGCUAGGUGGGGGGAAGGUAAAAGGGGCCGGCUGCUGGGCGCUUUUGUCUGAGAGGAUAUGAACAUGGCCGCCAGUUCGACCAUGGAGGGGCGCGCUGGGGCUGGCGGCUAGAGCGGCCCCGGAGCCCGCGUCCCUACGCACUUCCGGGAUUUAAAUGCUACCUCCGGAAAGUGGGGGGGCGGGCCCUUUGUAGUUUCCAUGACAACCUAGGAUGGCUGCCCCAGUCUCUUGGUCCAGAACGGGCAGGAGGAGUCAAGGGGGUCCCGAGGCUUGACGCUGCCCCGUGGGGGAUGCGCCCCGCGGGCCGGGCCCUGCAGAGGGAAGAUGCUGCAGACGAGCAACUACAGCCUGGUGCUGGCCCUGCAGUUCGUGCUGCUGCUCUACGACCUGUUCGUGAACGCCUUCUCGGAGCUGCUGCGCGUGGCGCCCGUGGUCCAGCUGGUGCUCUUCAUCAUCCAAGACAUCGCCAUCCUCUUCAACGUCAUCAUCAUCUUCCUCAUGUUCUUCAACACCUUCGUGUUCCAGGCUGGGCUUGUUAGCCUCCUCUUCCGAAAGUUCAAAGGGACCAUCAUCCUGACUGCCAUCUACCUGUCUCUCAGCAUACCCCUCCAUGUCUGGGUCCUGAACCUGCGCUGGAAAAGCUCGAAGCAUUUUAUCUGGACAGAUGGCCUUCAAACCCUGUUUGUGUUUCAGAGGCUGGCUGCUGUUCUCUACUGCUACUUCUACAAGAGGACAGCCAUCCGCCUGGGCGAUCCUCGGUUCUACCAGGAUUCUCUGUGGCUACGUAAGGAAUUCACCCAGGUCCGAAGCUGACCUCUUCUCCGUCAGCCAGAUGUGGGAUCUGCUCAGCUGCCUCCUGGCCAGCCACUCUGAGAGAACCCUGCCUGCUGCAUCCCUGGGGGCCCGGGGAGGGCGAGGGCCAGGCGAGCUCUCACUCCACAGUCCUCUCCCACCCAGCGCGUGUCCCUGCAAGGACAGGCUCUUCCACCUCGGAGCAUUUACUGAAGCUUUUGUACCUUCUGCCUCCGCUGGGGGGCAGGCUGUGCAGCGAAUCACACUAGCACGCGUAGACUUGGGACUGGAGGCGCUGCGCCUAGAGCCUUUUUGUAUGUAUUUUUGAAACUAGGAAAUAGAUGUAUCCCUUUUGCCAUAAAUG